GCAAAUCAUAUAUGAAUCUUAUGAUUUUGAUUGAUUCAUCAACUAUAUCGUCAUAUAUGUACGUUAUCUAAUCGCAACCUGAUGUUUGAGAGAUUAGUUUUCGAAUGAUGGAUAUAUUUUGAUGAUUAUCCAAUCAAACAGAACUUCUCUUAUGAGAAUAAGCUAAGCCUAUCGAUAUCUUAUUAAGGCAUAUGAUAUCAUUAAUUCGCAUGAAGCCAAAAAGUUAUCAUAAGUUCCCCCCUUUCAUACAAAUGGUUUUGGUCAGGGACCAAACAUUUAAAAUGCUAGAAAGUUUGGGUGUGCAGAAUACAUCCCAAUUGCUCCACCACAACACGUUAUGAGUUCCAGGAGAACUUAUGUUGGACAUGGUGUCCAUUGCGAUGAGAGAUUUGUUCAAGACUCUUUUUGCUAAUAUCAUCAUUUUGAUGAGUUACUUUUCGAACAUUAAGCGGGAGAAAAGAAAACAGUUCAGCAUAGAUGUGAGUUGGAAUCAUCAUUAUCGCAUUUUGAUCCUCAAACAAAGAAACAUGAACCCGAAGUUCAUAUGGUGAUUCAUGAAGGAAAAAAAAAAACGUAUCGAUUGCUAAGAGGGUGAUUAUGUCACAUGCCCAAUUGUGAAUGCUCCAAUACAAAUUGAUGUCCAUAUUGGACAAUCUAAAGAGUCUAAACGAGCGCAUGAAGCAUGGUAGACCAAUCGGUUCCAAGGAUAAAAAAAAAUCCUCGAGAAAGGAAGGAGUUAUAGAUUAAGAUGGUCAACUCGAGGAUAAAGUAGCUCUAGAAGUGUCAAGUCAUAUAAUUAAUAUCAUAGUUCCAGAAGAAUAGUAGGUACCUGAAAGUAUUAAAAUGAAGAGAUCUAAAUUAAUAUGCUUCUAUGAAAAUGCUGGAAUCGAAGUGAAUUUAUUGUCGACAAGGGUUUAGAUUAUGCUGCAACGUUGAACGUGAUAGAUACAAAGAGGAUCAAAAGUAAAAGUCUACUGAUGCAUACAAAGGAAUAUUUAUUGGCCAAUAUAAGAGAAAGCAUUAGACUUAUUUGGUAUAAGUUUUGGACUGGAAGUCCUUACACCUGAAGAUGUAAAACUAACGGGAUACAAAUAGAUUUGUGAAAACGUGUAUGAAAAUUGUGAGAGAUAUAGCACAAUUUCUCAUAAGAGGUUUCUCGUAGAAACCUAACAUUUAUUAUGAGAGGAAAUACUCUCUUGUGGUGGAUGCAACUAUGUUGUGCAAUUUAAAUAGUUUGGCAGUUCAAAUAGUAUGAAAUUUGCAUUUGAUAGAUAUUGUGAUAACCUAUUUGUAUGGAUCCGUUGAUAAUGAUAUUUAUACAAAACUCCCUGAAGGAUUAGUUUGCCAUAAGCAAACAUGUGAAGUUCUCGAGAACAAUAUCGAUUGAUAAAAAAAAUCCUUUUUAUGGAUUGAGAUAAAAUGGAUGAAUAUGGUAUAUUCAUCUAAGUGAAUAUUUGCUAAAGGAAGUGGUCGAAUAAGCCUUACGUGAUUAAUUUCGAAGAAAGUGCAUUAGAGCAUUUGCAUUUGGCAUGUGUGAUUGUGUAAUGACAUAUAGGCUUAUGUGCGUCAUAUUGUGGUUUUAGUUAUGAGUUUGAUUUAUGAAUGUGGUUUGGUUAAGUGGUGUUGUGUGUAUGACAUGCCUUUUUGCUUGUGACCUUGUGGUAUGAAGUAAUUGUCUGCAUACAAUUGUGUUAGCUAAGUUUUAUAGUUAUUUGGACGGAAAGAGUCGAGAAAUUAUUUUAUAAUGAUCUCAUAUGUUUUAGUUGAUAUGAAAUCUAGAAGAGCUUCAUAAAGCAUGGUUUGCUUAAAGAAAGAAAAUUGAACUCUAGAAGAGUUUCAUAUAGCAUGGAUUGCUUAAAGAAACAAAAUUGAACAUGAAAGAUUUAAGAAGAUCCUUUUUGGAUCAGUACGACAAUGCCGGAAAAGUGAAAGAACAAUUUUGUAUGGAAAAAAAUUGCAUAUGUUCAAUAGCCUAAUGAUUAUAAGGUCACUAGAAGUGAACAAAGAUCAAUUUAGGUAUUGAGAUAAAAGUGAAUUAUUAGGUCCCGAAGUACUGUAUAAGCGAAAAUAUAUCAUGCUAUACUUCAUUGAGUUAUACUUUGUUACCUAUAGGUACUGAUGCGGAUCAUAGUUGAGUAAUUUGUUUACUUGUGGUCGUACAAGUAUCUCAUGUAGACUACACAGAAAUCACGAUAGCAGCAUCAUCCGAUCAUGCACAAUGGUCAACAAUUCAUGAGACUUGUUAUGAAUUGAUUGGUUAAGAUAUGUGAUUCAACACGUCAAAAUGACUUGUGGUUGUGGAUUAUCUUUAUAGAAAAUGAUCAUGAAGAUCAUGUAUGAAGAGAAUGGUCCUAAUGGAUCAUGCAUAAAGUGACAAUCUAGAAGAUUUGUUCACUAAGAAGUUUACCAUGACAAUAUUUGAAAGAUUUGUUCACAACACUAUACUUUGAUGUUGUCAUGAGGGGGAGCAUAUAUGCACUGCACUCAUUUUUCCUUAACAAUGAUUUUCCCACUGGGUUUUCCUGGUAAGGUUUUUAACGAGGCAGAUUCAGAUAGCGUAUUAUGAUGAUUAUGCACUCUUUUUCCUUCACUAGGAUUUAUCCCACAGGGUUUUUCCUUGUAAGGUUUUAACGAGGUAAAUUAAUGUCUAAUGGUCAUCCAAGGGGGAGUGUUAUGAAAAUAUUAUUAUUAUUAUGGAUGACAAACAUUAGAUGCUACAUGGUAUGUUACAAGUUCUAUGUAACUCCUCUCCUUAUAUUUAUUUCUCCUUAUGACACAUUAGUCCCAUUUAUGUGUAUUGAUGUUCAAGUUGUAGGAGUUAUGUAUUUGUGCCUAUAAAUAGAGCACACAAAUGUACUAAGACCUAUGAAUAAGAAAAGCUCUAUUCUCCCUCUCUUCUUGUGUCUCUACUCUUACUCUUGUGUCCACUCCUCUUUACAAGUAUUUUAUAACAUAUUACUGUUUAUUAGCGUGAAAUCAAUGAGUAUUAAAAAACUAUUUUUCUCAUCUUUCCUCUUCUCUCACAUAGAAACAUGGAUAAUUUUUUUUUAUUAUUUGUCCUUUUCCCUUCUCCUUCCCCACAAGCUCAUCUCUCUCUGCUGGGAAAGAAGAACAGAAGAGAAAAAUAUAGAGUCCAUACAAAAUCAAAAGGGAAGGAGGAAAAGUUGUCCCAUUCUCUCUUUGGAUUUUUUCUAAUUUUCUUUCUCUCUUCCCCUUUCUCUCUUGCAUGUGGUUCCGGUCAUCGAAUGCAGCGGCGACAUAGGUUGACGGCGGAGGAGGAAGGGGUCGGACAGUCACGACAAUGAUGCGAAGUCAGAGGUUGCAGCGGCGUCGUAGAUUGACGGUGAAGGAGGCAUCGGUCAGUUUUUGGUUUGGGUCGGUGAUGGGGAUGUGACAAUCAGGAUACAAUGACAGAAAGAAAGUGACAGAGUAAGUUUAUAAGCUUAAAAGCGUGAUUUUAACUACACUGGCAGCAGUGGGCUCGGAUCUAUCCUUAUGAAAAUACGGUUUGUGUUUAAUUUUGCCUUUGUUCUUGCUUGAUUAUUAUUUUUCCUUUAUGUUUGUUCUUGACACUACAACACUAUUAUAAAAAUAAAUGUGAUUCACUAAUUAUUUCAUUUUUACCAAAUGUGGAAUCACUACUAAUUAGCAUAUCAUGUGUUUAAGGUCUUUCUUAUUUAUCAUGUGCAUUGCAGUUGCAUGUAAAUCAAGAUGAUUUUGUUAUCAGUAUCUUCACACUGUCUAGAAGAGCCAUGGAGAAGCAUGUCUCUUCUAGCUUAUAUUUUGCUCUAUUGUUCUGUUUGUACUAUGGUUUCACUUUUGGGUUCCCAGUUGGAUUGUUCACUGAUCAUUUCAAUUCCAGUUAUUGUUCAUUUCAUACUUUUGUCUUCUGCGUUUGCUUAGAUUGCUCAUUUCAAUUAUUUCUAACUGUUUCUUUGUCUAUGUUAAUUGCCAUUUUGGUUUCAUUACAGCCUCCCAAAUCGACAUGCUUCAAUUCUUAUUCAGUUAGUUAAUUAUAAUUCCAUGUUGGUUGUUUCUCUACAAUAGCUUGAAUUAUGUUAACCUCACUUUGACCUUCAAGGCUACCCAUUUCUCAUCUACAUGACAAUGUUUCCAAUGGUUUUAGCUUACAAACUGAAACAACAUUGUGAUGUCCAAAUAUUUCCAGUUUCAGCCAAGGACAAACGAGUGUGUCCUUGAUUAACACUGCUUGCUUAAAAUUUCUCUUCACUUGCGUUUUAGUUGGUUUGGAUGACUUGAUACUACAACAUGAUUGAUAGGAGUUCCGUAACAAGAAGAAGCUUCUAAGUGAUUUAGAAAAGGUGGGGAGAAAAUAUAGGAUAAGGAACAAAUAUUUAUGAGGAGACUUUGAGAUGAGAUUGAAUGUUUUGGAAGUAUGAAUGUUUUCUGACUUCUCCCGUUAUAUUCAGUUAUAUUCCAAUCCUAUAUAGACUAGAUUUGGGCCCGUCCGUUGGUCAGAUGAAUAUCAAUAAUAGUAGUAAUUAUCCAAGUCAAGUUAUUUUUUAUUUGGUAUCAUGAAAUAAUCCAAAUGAUUCAAUUACUGAAACUGUAAAAAAUGAAUAAUAGACAUAAAAAAAAUUAGUCCCUUUGGAGACAUCCGAUACAUAAUAUAUAAUCUGACAUUUUGAUCAUCUAUGGACAAAGGCCUUAAAAAUAUUAGUACCCUUCAAUUUACUCAAUGUAAGAAAUUACAGCAAAAUUUCUUUUCGGUUCUUUUUUAGGUUGCUCUGGUCAUCAAAAGCAUCAUUUUUUCCAUUUAGCUUCAUCUGCAUUAAUGAACCUUUAUAUUCACAAUCAUCAGUUAUAAUAUUAUCAACGAUUCAAUUUUUACUCCCGUCAUUGAAAUUUUUGUCUCUAGUUCUCAACAAUCAACAAUGUUUUAUUUUCUCUUAGCAACAUCUCUAUCUCCACCACGGAAUGCAUUACCUCCACCUUUAGCAUACUUACUCUUUUGAGAGCCAAUUGGAGCACACUUUUGCUAAUUAGAUUAUUCUCCAUGAUGAAUAUUUGUUGAAGUCAUAUAACCAUAAAAUAUAGUAGCCAAUAAUAAUGAACUCCAAAAACUUAAAAUGAUACUGAAACAUGUAUAAUAUAAAAGAAUAAUAUAUUAUUGUCAAAGGAAGUUUUGAGCAAAAUAAUCAUCCCACUGAUAGAAUUCUCCAUGAUGAAUAUUUUGUCCAAGUAAACCUUAAGAUGUGAAAGAAAAAAAAGAAAGGGGUUGUUGCUAUACAUGGGCGAUGGGCCCGUGCCGUGCCGGCAUGGGUACACUUCGGACCCAUUUAUUUCGUGUCGUGCUUGGCACGGCCCGUCAGUUUUCGUGCCGUGUCAUGCAAGCCCAUUUGUUAACUUUGCUAGACCGGCCUAGGCUCGGGUACGGUUCGAAUCGUGUCGUGCCUAUUCGGGCUCGUGCCGUGCUCGUAUUCGUGUUUAAUGAAAAGGACGAAUACAAAAGAGAGAAUGAAAAGGAAGGUGGAAAUUGGAUGGGGAAGAAAAUAUUAACCGAUAAUGUUUGAGAAAAGUAAUAACUAAGGGGGAAAAGAAAAUUGGAAGUAUAACGAGUGUGAUUUGGCUUUGUUUAAUUCUUUGUCCAUUUUUACUUAUGUUAGUAAUUACAUAUAUAUUUUUAUGACACUUCUAACAACAACAAAUAAUUAUUUUUCUACUUGUGUUUUGUAAUAUUUGAACCUAUAAUUCUUUUUAUAUUUAUUUUCUAUCAAAGAAAUAUUAUUUUCGUGCCAUGUCCGUUCUUAUACUCAAUAAAGUCUCGAAAAUAUUAGGCCCGACACGGCCCACUUAUAUGUCAUGCCCGUGCUCGUGCCCAUAAAAUUUCAGCCCACGACCCAUAAAUUAUCCGUGCUUGUGUCGGGUUGACCCAUUUAUUUCGUGCCGUGUCGUGCUAGCCCGUGGGCAGCACAGCCCGGUGCCCAUGUACAGUUGUUGCUAUCGUAACAGAAAACUAUACAUUACAAACCUAGCCCUCAUAAUCUUAUAAUUUUUUCGCUGGCGGAAAGUAGGAAAAAAAUUAUGUUAGCUAUUGUUUUGGAAUUUUAAACAUACAAAUGAGAAUCGUGAUCUAUCUUUUUUUUAUUAUUGAUAAAAAAAUGUGAUUUGUCUUUCAUAAUUCCGAGAGAAAAACCAAUACCAGUAAGAGUUUAUCCGAAUCAAGUAAACCAAAAGAUGUGAAAGAAUAAAAGGAAAGAGGUUGUUGUUAUGGUAACAGAAAACUAUACACAGUGGCGGACCCAGAAAUUUUUCAUAGGAGUGUCCUCUUUUAAAAAAUAAAUUAAAUAAAAAUAAAAAUAAAAUUGUAAAUAUGAAAAGACCUUACUCGUAGUGGGAAUUGAAAUAAUUAGAGAUAGGGAAUGACUUUUUACUAUUACACAUUGUUCAAAAUCGAACACCAAAUGAGUUAUAGCUCAACGGAAAUUAAGUUUAUUAAUAAUAAUAAUGUUCUAGAUUUGAA